AUGGAUCCAUCAAAAUUAUUAGCUCUGCUAAAACAGCAAAGAGCAAUAUAUGACGAUGUUAAGAAUAUCGAGAAGAAUAGCAGCAAACGUGAGUUGCGUGCGAAUACAAUAAAAGAACGUUUAGAUAAAGUACAAGGAUUAUGGAAUCAAUUUAAAGAUAAUCACGAGAAAAUACUCUUAACGGAGAAUAAGGAAGACAAAUAUUUUAAAGAGGACUUUUACAAUACAGUGCAUCAAAAAGUGAUUCAGGCGAAAACAAUGCUCGAAGAAAUAGUUGAAAGCAAAGAUAGAAAUGCAGAAUCUGUUGAAAGCAAAAGUGUAGACGAGAAAAUAACGGAAAGUCAAAUUGAGAAAAAUAAAAUCAACAAUCUAGUAGAGCAAUAUAACAAUAACAUCGCAAGGUUAAGACAGAUGUUAGAAAAUCUUGACCAUUAUGAUACUGUCACGCGAUUGGAACAACUUAAUGGAAUCUGGAAAAGAAAGUUCGAAGACAUUAGAAGUAUCUAUAAGAAGCUGGUUAUUGAAAUGUCGUACAAUGAAGUAGACAUUAUGAAUGAUUAUGAUGAGAUUGAAGACCAAUACGAUAAGGCGUUAGAUGAAUUAGCCAAUAAAAUGGAAAAAUUACGUGAGGGGAACAACGUUAAGCUUGACUGCAUUAGAAUCCAAAAUUUCAACGUAAAAGGAGAAGCAAGCAAGCUGAUACAACAUCUACCGGUGUCGGAAUUGAAUUAUGCUGUAGCUUGGGAAAUUUUGUCGCAAAGGUACGAAAAUGAAAGAAUGUUGUUCACAAUAUUGGUCGAUAAAUUGCUCGAUCAACCAUCUGUAUAUAAUGAUUCAGCGUCAAGUUUGAAAAAGUUGCUUGACACAUCGAUAGAAUGUAUCCAGGGGCUGAAGGCAAUGGGUAUAAAAACGAAUGAAGCAGAUCCAAUAAUAGCAAGGAUUAUAAUCAGGAAGUUGGAUAAGGAAGGAUUACGGCUAUAUGAGCAAAAUAUAAAAAGGACAAAGGAGAUUCAAAAAAUGGACGAUGUAUUACAGUUUCUGGAGCAGCAAUACCAAGCAGCAGAGGCGAUUAAAUCUAAGAAACAAACUAAUAAUGUAAAGUCUUUUCAAAAAACAACAGCGACAACUAUAGUAGCAAAUGAUUACCAGUGCUUUUACUGCAACAAAAAAGAACAUAUGGCAAUAAAGUGUUAUGAGUUUCUAAAGCUACAAGUCAAGGACAAAAAUACAUGGGUAAAAGACGCUAAAAUUUGUCGCGUCUGUUUAUCGCAUAAAACUACAAAAAGAUGCAAUAGUAAGACAAAAUGUCAAGAUUGUGGGAAGUGGCAUAAUACUCUUUUGCACAUUAAUUCAGGGCAAAAUAAUAAUACAUCAACAUUAACAAUGAAUACGGGCACAGCAGAAAAUGUGUUACUUGCAACGGCGCAAGUGCGCGUAAAAAGUGUUCAAGGUGAGAUGAUUAUGUUAAGGGCACUAAUUGACCAAGGGUCGCAAACUACAGCUGUAUCAGAAGAAGCGGCACAAAUAUUAAAUUUACAAGGAAAAAAGUAA